GUUGUGAAUCAACGGACGUCCUUAUUUGCUUCCAAUCCACGGUGGGAAAGUAGUGGGUCACUAUUGCUCACUGGGUUAUACCAAAACACGAGCAGAGGUAUUUGUGCACACUGGCCAGACGUAAACCACCUGAUCAGCAUAAUUUGAUUGAAUACGGAAUUAUCAGCCACAGAGAGAAUGAUAUGGGCAUCUUCGCUAUCGUUUCGAGUGUUUAUGGUUUGAUGGAAUAUAUGCCUUAACAUCGGAUGCGUACAGAGGUUAAUACACCCCUGUUUUCACGAGAAUGGGAAACCUAAGCAUGUAACACUGGACGGAAGGAUAAUAAAUAUUAGAAUUAAAAGAAGCGCUCUUGUUUUUAAAGAUAAAAACAAUGUCAGUCGCUUUCUCUUCAACGCGUCCGAGAGGCAAAGGGGAGGUGACACAACAAACGAUUCAAAAGAUGCUGGAUGAAAAUCACCACUUGAUCCAGUGCAUUAUGGACUAUCAAAGCAAAGGGAAAACUGCAGAGUGCAAUCAAUAUCAGCAGAUAUUGCACAGAAAUUUGGUGUAUUUGGCAACAAUAGCAGACUCCAAUCAGAACAUGCAGUCCCUUCUCCCCGCGCCUCCUAACCCUAAUAUGAAUAUGGGCCCAGGUGGAAUGGGACAGAGUGGAGGGGGGCAGUCUCUUCACUCUCAGUCGAAUCUAAAUGAAAACUUGCCCUCUGGCCUUCCCCCUACCUCAAUGAUGCAGAGUGGAAUGAGCAACGGCCCCAGCCACGCCCCCAUGCAGCAGCAGUCCAGUCAGACGCCUCUGCCCUCCGCCUCCAUGAGCCUGCCGGCCAGCAGCCAUGGCUCGGCCUCCGGCUACAGCCACUCUGCGCCCUCCUCUCAGGGCAUACAGCACCAGGGCUACGCACCCUCAGCCUCCCGCAGCAACCUCAACAUGCAGUCCAAUCAAGUGUCAAUGAUGCACCAACAAGGCGGCGGGACCCAUUACUCCUCAGCUCAGGCAGGAAGUCAGCACUACCAAGGGCAACAGCCCAUAGGAAUGCUGGGACAGGGUAACCAGGGCAACAGCGUGAUGGCACAGAGGCCCAUGGGAAGUUACCGCUCAGCACAACAAGGAUCUGCACCGCAGUACAUGGGACAAGACGAGUUCUACGGAGAGCAGUAUGGACACAGUCAAAGCUCCAGCGAGCCCAUUAACCAGCAGUAUUACCCUGAUGGUCACGGAGAGUACUCCUAUCAACAGACCUCAUAUGGGGAGCAGGGCUAUGAGCGGUCUUUUGAAGAGUCUCCACAACAUUACUAUGAAGGCGGGAAUUCCCAGUACAGCCAGCAGCAGGCCCAGUACCAACAGGGAUCUGGCCAGCAACAGCCCUUUAGCCAACAGCAGUACUCUUCACAGCAGGGAUACAGUGGACAGCCUCAGGGCUAUGGUCCAGGGCAGGGACCAUCCUCACAGUACUCCCAGUAUCAGCAGGGACAGGGGCAGCAGUACUCCUCAUAUCGCUCCUCCCAAGGUGCUCCAGGAGCCCAGUCACAAAGGGCCUACGCCUAUGAGCAGGGGCAGUAUGGGAACUAUCAGCAAUAAGGUGGCACUGCCUGACUACUGGUUACCUCUUGUCAGUGGGGAGCAGCAUGAAGAGACAGUUUUUAGCCUACAUUUUUCUUUUAGUUCUGUUUUUUUUGCAACAAGAUUGUUAGAUAAAAGACAACAGUUAUCAUUACUGCCUGUGUAUAGGACAAAGGUAUAUCUAUCCUGUUGUCAUAGGUUUUUACUGUCAAUUGUGUUCUCUUUUUUUUCUCACUCGUGUCUUAUAGUUGUUCAAAAUGUGUCCUUUCCUCUCUUGUUAACACAACUUAGUGUUCAAUUAAUUUAGUUUAACAAAGUAGGUGUAAAACAUGAUCAAUCCUCAAUGAUAAUUCAGAUUAAGAAUCUGCUCAUAGGACGAGGUGAGUAAAUUAAGUCAAAUUAAGCUAACAACUGUAGCCCAGAAAUGUAUUUACCUAUUGACUGUUGAGUUUUUUGAGUAAUGCUGGUAUGCCUUUUUGUAUAUUUAUUUUGUCCUCUUCUUGACAACUGCCAAUGCUAUCCCAGAGAAAAUGUUAGCUAAUGAAAAAAAAGGUUUGCUAAAUGGUCUUUUGUGUGUAUCAUGAACCUAAUCUGAUUGUUGAGUAGCAUCUUUAUUUUUGUAUAUUUAUAUGUGCACGUAAUCAGCCUUUAAGGCAUGUUACAUCAAUGAUUUCAAUGGUGGUCUUUUGUGUCUUUUGUUUGCUUUUGUUUUCAGUGGACAGAAGGUAAUAGAUGCAACAACUUUUUAAGGGAAGUUAAUGUUACAACCAGUUAUUCAUAAUUUUAAAUACCAUCAUAUGUACCAUGUUUCUCUCUCUCUUUUCUCGCCUAUGCUCAUGCCUAAUCCAUAUAUCCUGGUCUCUUUACGUUACUCUUGCCUGUUCAGUAGUCAAUAAAUAUAAAAGAUAAUGACAGUGGGUCAGGUACAUAUGCAUGGCAGGAGUACACAUUUUUUUAUGUGAACAUUUAGAAUAUUUUAAGUAUAGUGAAACUUAUACUUUUGACAUUAUAGCUAUUUAUUUAUUUAUUUUAAAUGAAUGUUGCUUAGCUUAUUUUGUAAAUGUGUUUUUAUAUACAUUUAUUAUAUAUAUACUUAUAUUGCAUUUGCCAAAGUCACAGAUGGGUGACCUGGGAUUCAACAGAGUAACACUUAUGAUACUAGCAUCUUAUAGCAUCACUAGCCUAUAUGUAAACCCCAUUUACAGUAGACAAACACAGGGACAUAUAUGCUGUUUCAAUUAAUUUCAAUUUGUUUUACUCUAUUUUACAUUUUUUCUAGUCACUUGUUAUAUUAACUGUGAAAUUCAUGACAUGCAGAAAUAACACACUGGACAAAUCUAAGGUAUCAUGGUUUGAUAUGACAAUUAUGUAUAUUAUAUCAUAUGUACAAUGAAAUGACAUAAUU